AUGUCGGCCCUCUUCACAACCACCGACUGGCUGUCCACCACCUCCACCUCUCCCGACGCCAAGGCCCCACAGGCCUGCGCCAGCUGCAGGAAGAUGAAGAGGAAGUGCGACAAGUCCCUCCCCGCAUGCGGGCUCUGCACCCGCAUGGACCGCCGGUGCGACUACGCAGACCCCCCGCCGCCGCCGCCGCCGCCGCAUCAGCAGCAGCAGUAUCCUGGGCCGACCGCCGACGACUUCGCCGCCCUUCAGCUGAAGCUGCUCGAGCUCGAGAGCCGGCUGGACCACCAGGCCGGGCCCGCCGCCGCCGUCGCUUCGGCCCUUUUCUCCGACGCAGACGCGGCAACGGCCUUUGGCGCUGUCGUCGGAUCCGGUCUCGGCCCGGACCACCCGGGCUCGACGUCGGCGCAGUACCCGCCCGACGUGUUCCUCGACAUAUGGGCCUUCAAGGCGUUGAACCAGUCUCUCCCGCGGCCCUCGGUCGACAUCCCCGCCGAAGUCCUCGAGCUGCUGGGCGACAGCGCCACGGUCCAGCGGGCCGUCGAGGCCUACUUCGCCGGCACCCACGCCUGGCUGCCCAUCGUCUCCAGGGAGCGCAUACACAUGGGCGCCGCCCUGGCCCAGGGCGGCCCGGACCUGGCCAUGCUCUUCCUCGCCAUGCGCCUCAUCGCCGCCGCGCCGGACGACGUCGCCGCCCCGGGGCGCCUCCUCCCCCCGCUCCCCGAAGUCUACGGCGCCGCGAAGCGCUUCCUGUCGCUGCUCGAGGGCGCCGGCUUCGCGUCGCUGAUGGUCCUGCAGGCCAUGGUGCUGGUCGCCUACUUCGAGUACGCCCACGCCGUGUACCCGGCCGCCUGGCUCACCGUCGCGUCCUGCGUGCGGUACGCCGACUUUCUCGGCCUGCCGGGGCUUCGCGAGAGCAACGUUACGCUAAAAGUGCCGUCGACGUGGACGGAGCUGGAGGAGCGGCUGAGGACGUGGUGGGCGAUCCUUGUCCUCGACCGCAUCAUCUGCCUCGGCAACGGGAAGCGCUACCUCUCGCCCGAGCCCGACGACGACAUGAACUUUCCCGUAGACGACGAGGUUUGGGACGAAGGCCACAUCGGCCGCGCGGCCCACCACACCGUCGCCUCCCCGCCUCUCUCGACCCCGUCCCCCUUCUCCUCCCUCUGCCGCGCCGCCCUCCUCGCCGGCAACGCCGUCGCCCACAUUUGGAGUUCUAAUACUGACAAAACCUCCCGACCGUGCGCGCACGACUGCUACAGCUGCCCCGGCAACAUCGACGGCCGCGUCCGCACCCCCGAGGAGACGGCGCACCAGAUCCGCUCCGUCGAGGCCCUCGUGCAUGCCAGCGGCGAGGCCGCCGCGCUGGCCGAGGAGCUGCUGCUGCUGUCGCCGUCGCUGCCCCGGCAAGACGACCCCGCCGGCGACGGCAGCGACGUGAGCCCGCUCGUCCUUGACGCGCUGUACGGCGCCGGCGGCACCCUCGCGUGGAUCGUGCGGGAGGAGGGGCCGGCGCGGCACGCCGACGGGGUGGCCGCCAUCAAGCGCUGCCUGGGCCGGCUGGGCGCGCGGUGGAGGCUGGCGGCCGAGUACGGGCGCAUGCUGGAGCAGCAGGGCCUUGCCUUCAUGAUGCAGGAGGGGGGACACUCGACGCUGCACAUCUAG